AUGCAGAAAUACACGCCCAUAGAGAAGAUAGGCGAGGGGUCGUUCAGUGUUGUGUACAAGGCUCUUGAUGCAGAGUCUGGAAGAUAUGUUGCCUUAAAGGCAAUAACAAGAACCAGUUCUCCAGCCAGGAUACUAGAGGAGUUGAUGUUUCUGAAGGCUCUUGAGGGAAAGAGAAAUUGCAUGGGGCUUCUUGGAGUCUUCAGGAACGAGGAUCAGGUGGUUGCAGUCUUCCCAUACUUCAAACCCGUUGACUUCCGAGAGUUCAUCUCAAAUGCAGGCUUGGCAGACAUCAAGCAAUACCUGUAUAACCUGCUUGUGGCAAUAGAUCAUGUGCAUAGCAACGGUAUAAUACAUAGGGAUCUCAAGCCGGGAAACUUUCUAUAUAAUAAAGAGGCUGGAAGAGGAAUGCUUAUAGACUUUGGGCUAGCACAGUAUGAGGAUUGUAAGGAGGACCAAGCAAGGGAUGAUAGUAGCAAAUCCUCGACACCUUUGCUUUUCUUCAAUUCGAUUGUGUCGAAGGCCAAACCUCCGGGAUACUACGAACGGGACGGCAGGCCGCAAAUGAAAGCACCUCGGGCUGGGACACGAGGGUUUAGAGCGCCAGAGGUUCUGUUUCGCCACCAACGGCAAACAAGGGCCAUAGAUAUGUGGUCGAUCGGGGUGAUCUUCCUAACAAUCCUGACGGCACAGUAUCCAUUCUUCUACUCAUCGGAUGAUGUUGACUCCAUUGUUGAAAUUGCAACAAUCUUUGGGCAUGCUGAAAUGAGGAAGGCUGCAAGAUUCUAUGGAAGACUAUGGAGGUCGAACAUAGAUACAAUUCCAGAAGAAAGAAUCCCUUUUGAAAGAAUCGUAGAGUCGCUCAAUCCGUGGGCAGAGGUGGGUGCUGAGGGAUAUGACUUGCUCUACAGAAUGCUUGAUCUUUGCUCCUCAUCCAGAAUCACAGCAUCCGAUGCUCUAAGUCACCCGUUCUUUGAUGGCCUGAGAACACAUGGAGAUGAUGCAUAG